AUGCCUUUCUUACGGUCUCUUGGACUUCUCCUCACCCUGCUGCAACUGGUCGCGGCCCAAUACUGCUCAUUCUGGAACACCGGGUGUAUCGACUCUCUCGCUCAAACCGCCGUCCGCUUCGAUCUCGACCCUCUCUUCGCCGACCCCGUCACGCUCUACUAUAGUUUCGAUGCCAGUCAUUCGGGAAAGGGCGAAGGCCCCAUGACCAAGACGGCAUUCUGGCUAGGCUACCCCAGUAACAACGUCAAUAAAAACGCCGUCGACUCGAACCGCACGUCCGAAAUCGGUCUCAGGAUCGGUAAUAUGACCGGUACCCCUUCAGGCUCGAACAACGGAUGUGAUGGAAUUUGGGGGUCUGAUUGUUCGCGGGAUUUCAAGAGUGCGUUGCAACGGAGCAUGUAUCUUCUUGCUAUCUCAGGCGAGUACUAUUCCAAGCCCCUGGAGGUGGCCCUCAGCCAGAUGUUGAAGAAACCACCGUCGCUGCCGUCAUGUCCACCACCUAUCCUAGACGUGGCCUCUAUCCCCGUGCAAGAUUUUGCCAGGGAACAUGUCCCCGGUCAGAAUGUAACUCUCAUGCCACCCGGCUCGGGCGCAUGGCCAUGGCAGGUCUGGUACCUGGAUGGCAUGAACGCUAGCAAGCAAGCUUCUCAAGUGGCCGUUGGAAUCAUCAGUCGAGCCCCUUCAUACAACAGUUCCCCGCCCGAUAGCCCGGACGACAUUAUGGUCGAUCUUGUCUGUCUUCAGGCUCCUUCGGGUGGAUCAUCCAAGGGCUCUCAUGAUUAG